AAGAAAAUGUAGUUUGUUUCCGGUUGAGUAGGAGGUUCCGUCAAUACCGUGUAGAAUUAUCAAAAAAUGCAGAAUGUGAUUAAUGCAGUGAAAGGAACAGCUCUUAAUGUUGCUGAGAAGUUUACACCUGUGUUAAAGGAAUCAAAAUUCAAAGAAACAGGAGUUAUCACACCUGAGGAGUUUGUGGCAGCAGGGGACCACUUGGUGCACCACUGUCCGACGUGGCAAUGGUCGACGGGUGAUGAAUCUAAAAUUAAACCGUACCUUCCUAAGGACAAACAAUUCCUCAUCACUAGAAAUGUGCCAUGUUAUAAAAGAGUAAAACAAGUAGACAGUCACAAAGAAGAACAGGAAAAAGUCAUAGAGGCAGACGAUGAAGAUGGGGGAUGGGUGGAUACGCAUCAUUUCCCAGAUCCAGGAGCAACAACUCUUCAGGAAGCAGUACAGGAAAUGACCUUAGACAGCAAGGACAAAACUGGGUCAUUAUCAGCAGAGGAAGUGAAGAAAAAUGAUGAUGACGAUGACGACGACGAUGAUGAUGAUGAAGAGGCAAUGGACAUGGAGGCAUUUGAACAAAGUGGAAUGUUAGAGGAAGAUGACAAUGCUGCCUUGGAUCCUACGACUGUCGUGAGGCGACAGGAUUCCGAGAGUGGUGGUACAGAGAGUGGAAUAUUACAGACGAGAACCUACGAUCUUAACAUCACGUAUGACAAGUAUUACCAGACUCCGCGACUCUGGCUGUUCGGAUAUGAUGAGAAUCGCAAGCCUCUUACUGUGGAACAAAUGUAUGAAGACUUCAGCCAAGAUCAUGCAAAGAAAACAGUUACCAUGGAAACCCAUCCUCAUUUACCAGGACCCCCAAUGGCCUCAGUUCAUCCCUGCAGACAUGCUGAUGUGAUGAAGAAGAUUAUACAGAUGGUAGCAGAGGGAGGGGGAGACUUGGGGGUCCAUGUAUAUCUAAUGAUUUUUCUAAAAUUUGUGCAAGCAGUGAUUCCAACAAUAGAGUACGAUUUCACCAGGGACUUUACAAUGUGACCAACAUUUCACAUGUCAGUCAUGUGACCAGCUUUUACAUGUGACCAUCAUUCACCAGUAUCAUGUGUUAUGUCAUGUGACAUCUUAACUUAAAUUCACUAGUCUUACUGCUUGGAACAUUUGAUGUUGAGGAACUAUUGGAUGGAUUUGCUUGUUGGAUGCAGAAUUCUGUGUAAAAAAAGAAUCAUUGACAAAUUAUUUAUUGUUUCAUGUAUAGAAGUGUCUUUAAUACAUGUAUGGGUACAUACCCUGAGUAUUGGUAUAAUUAUUGAUUAUUUGUAAAAAGUGUCCUGAAAUCUUGUAAUGUACGAAAAGCUCCACUAUUUUUCCGUUGUCUUAUCUUUUGCUCGUAAAGAUUUAAAAACACAGACAAUUAAUUAUUUCAAUAAUAACAGAAAUUGCAAUAUACAAGAUACUUUUA